AUGCCAAAGGUAAAAGGGGAAGUCGUAUGUUUGCUGAGUGACGAUCAGGUUCUAGACCUCGCCAAGUCACCUGAUUGGCCAAGGAUAUUUACUUACUUACCUGAAGGAAGGACUGGCAAGAGCAAAAGUGAUGAGGCGUACUUGGAUGCAGACGCCUUGCCUCCCUCAGAUCCUGAGGACAGUGAGGAUUACGAGGAUAAAUGUGGCAGUUCGGAGGAAUCAGAUGAGGCUUGUAAAGAAAUCGUUUAA